GGCCUGCGGAUGAUUACGAACGAGACGCCACACGAUUCUGCAGCCGUUUGUCGCGACAGUGCUUGAGGCAGCCCGUGAUACUUGGAGUCCCCGAGCCCCACGCCUGAGGGCGAGAUGAACGCGCUGGCCUUCCGAGCCGUCCGAACCGUCCGAACCUGCGAUCGCUUCUGGCAGCCCGAGCCGGCGCUCCUGCCUCCUGGGUGACACUGACGCUCCUAGCCGAUGGCUCCAGGCCAAGUACCCCAUCACAGCACACCCUGGAGGGAAGCCCACUACUCCUACCUCCUGUCCCCACUGAUGGGCUUCCUCAGCCGGGCCUGGAGCCGGCUGAGGGGCCCAGGACCUUCAGAGCCCUGGCUGGUAGAAGCAGUAACAGGAGAAAAUCUGGUAGAAGGUGGCCUGCAGGGAGAAGUGAAGGCUUCUUUGGCCAUCUCCCAUGGUCCCUGGGCCAGGCAUCCUCAAGGGGAAGCUGAAGACAGUGGAGUACCUCAAGAGAAUGGAGAAGCAGACCUGGAGUCCUGCCUUGACCUGAAGCCCAGUAAUUCCCCUCCUGAAGCUUGGGGACUUUUAGGCAGUGAAGAAAAUAGUAAGAAAGAUGCAAGCAGUGUCCCCAGAGAGCAGGGAAGGGAAAUUACAGAUGGCCAGCCCCUGUCCCCCAGCCUGCAGAUAAGAGCCCUGCAAGGUUCUGAUAAGAGUCCUGGGGAGGAGAAAGCUGAAGAGGAGGGAGUGGCCAAGUUCUCUUAUCCUUCAUCACACUGGGAGUGGAGCGAUGUCAAGAAAGAAGCUCCUACUGCCUCCACUUUCCCUGAGUCUUCAGGAUCCCAACUUGGCACUUGUGUGUACUGCCCAGAGGAGAAAGAGAAUCAAGCCACGGAGGAAAAAGGAACAGAAAACGAAGCCAGGAAGACCUCYGUUUCCCCCUCAUUGGCGGGCUCCAGCUCCAGGGCUUGGGGAUAUUGUCCAGGCGAGAGGCCUAGGGAGAAGGGCAGGAAGGCCUGUGAAGCCCCUGGGAAAGAAGCUGGCCCAGAGCCGCGGUCCUCGGUUCCAGCCCAGAGGCACCUGCUUGGGGCUUUGGAGAAUCAACCGAGUAAGAAAAAGGAAGAGGAGGAUGACAGUGCUUUAGGGGCAACUGAGAAGGGAGGAGCCAAGGGUCCUUCUUCCAUUUCCUCUACAAGUGCCUCCAGGAGGGCCUGGGUGUGUCAGCCAGGGGAGAAUGCGGAGGACCAGGAGAAGAGUGACUCAGGAUCAGCUGAGGAGGAAGGAGAAACUGAGGCUUCCUCUCCCACCCUCCCUACAAGUGCCUUCUUGAAAGCCUGGGUGUAUCAUCCUGGGGAGGACACAGAGGAAGAUGAGGACAGUGACUGGGAAUCAACUGAGGAGGAGGAAGAAGCUGAGGCUUCCUCUCCCACCCCCGCUACCAGUGCCCUCCUGAAGGCCUGGGUGUAUCGUCCUGGGGAGGACACAGAGGAAGAUGAGGACAGUGACUGGGAAUCAACUGAGGAAGAGGAAGAAGCUGAGGCUUCCUCUCCCACCCCCGCUACCAGUGCCCUCCUGAAGGCCUGGGUGUAUCAUCCUGGGGAGGACACAGAGGAGGAAGAUGAGUGUGAGCAGAAUGAGGAAAAAGGAGAGGACUGUGGAACAGCUGCCUGGGGCCAGCACCCCUCCCUUCAGGCCCAGAGUGCCCACCUCAGGGGCUGGCUAUAUCAACCUGGAAAGGAGACAGAGGAAGAGGAAGCUGAGGGGAAAUGGGGAGACUCCGAGACCAGCCCCUUCAGAGUGGCCUUCUACGUACCUGGAGAGAAACCACCACCUCCCUGGACUGCUCCUAAGCUGCCCCUCAGGCUACAAAGACGACUCAGGUUGUCACAGACCCUCACCCAGGAUCCAGACCCUGAAACUCCCCAAAAAUCCAGAAAGGUGCGCUUCUCUGAGAAGGUCACCGUGCAUUUCCUGGCUGUCUGGGCAGGCCCGGCCCAGGCUGCCCGCCGGGGCCCCUGGGAACAGUUCGCUCGGGAUCGGAGUCGCUUUGCCCGCCGCAUCGCCCAGGCCCAGGAAAAGCUAGGUCCCUGCCUUACCCCUGCCUCCCGGGCAAGAGCCUGGGCACGCCUUGGGAAUGCACCCAGUUCUCUUACCCCCAUACCUGCCUCUACCCAGACCUUAUCUUUCCCCUUGAUCUCCUCCGAGGCUCCAGCUCAGGCCACGCCCUUGAGUCAGGCUAUGGCCACACCCCCUCAUACCCCUUCUUUGGAAGCACCAGCUCUUAGCCUGAAUCUCAAUGGGAGGCGUGGCUAAGACCAAAUGGUUGCAUGUUAUUUAUUAACUUUUUUAAAGUGUUGAUUUAUUUAAGGAAUAAAGCUUUUUGAUUUGUA